CUCGUUGAUUUAUGGUAACAGUGAAUUUGGGGAAGCUAGGGUUUGUGGUAGAUUUGGAGAGUCGUAUUCAUGUUUGGUACGAGUUUAGAUCUCUAAACUAUGUGGUUUAGUUCUUUCUCCCCACGCUAAGUCACCGGUAAAUUCGGCAAAGAAGCGCCGGUAAAUUUGGCGAUUUCUUUUCUGUGUUUGGAUGAAAGUGCUUUGCUAAGCUAUGUGAUCUCGUCGAAAUACAGAGUCUCUAAGAGAUUGUUAUUGAUUAAAAUUGGUCAAUUUUGUAGCAUUUAAUUAAUUUUGAAGUAGAAUUAAGUUUCAUUUUUGGUAAAGUAUAGGAAAGGGUAAUAGUUGAAAAGUAUAUAAACUAACGUGCCGUGUUUUGAUUGUUUCUCAAGCCAUUUGGCAGUCAGCAUUGUCUGCCAACUUGGGAGUUUUGCUCAUUAAACUUAACGAAGAGGUUUAUCUUAUUGUCGGUGAAAAGGCGGUUACGUGAACAAGUUGUAUGUUCAGGCUAAGAAGCCGCCAUUUUUUGUUUGGUCGCUAAGAAAACUACGAAUUCGCUUGGGAACUUCACGUGAGAAACAGUCACCGAUUACGUGCCUGGUCCAGUCUAUAUUUUUCAAGGGGGUUUAAAGAAGGAUUUCUUUGCUGGGUCUUCACGGUGGUUGCUUUUUACGUUUGAGUUUAGCCUCUUGCAUUGUUAAGAAUUUCGGGGUCUUGUUUUGUUUUAUUUUUAGGUUUUGGUUUCGAUUGGUUUGGUUGUUUUUGUGUCUUGCGUUGUUAAGAUUUUUCGGGGAAUUUCUUGUAGAGACUUGAGUAAAUGGGAGGUAGGAAUUCAAAGGAGGGGAGUUCGAGGCAGACUUCUGCUGUUCGUUCGAAUUCUUCUUCGUUGAGUAGGUAUCAACCACCAUAUGUUCAAGAAAAUUACAACUAUCCACCCGAAGAGUCAUAUUUUUCGCCGCAGUAUUAUCCUUCUUCCCAAGAGUAUGUUUCACAAGAGGUUUCACAAGAUUAUGGCCGUGGGCAGACCUCUGAUAGCAGAGUGAAGCUGGAGAGGAGGUAUUCAAGAAUCGCCGAUGAUUACAAUUCCUUGGAGCAGGUGACACAAGCUCUUGCGCGUGCUGGCCUUGAAUCCUCCAAUCUUAUUGUUGGUAUUGAUUUCACAAAGAGCAAUGAGUGGACAGGCGCAAGGUCAUUUAACAGAAGAAGUUUGCAUCACAUUGGAGAUGGUCUAAAUCCUUAUCAACAAGCAAUAUCCAUUAUUGGGAAAACUAUGAUUGCAUUUGAUGAGGAUAACUUGAUACCCUGUUUUGGAUUUGGAGAUGCAUCAACACAUGAUCAAGAUGUCUUCAGUUUCUAUCCGGAUGAGAGAUUUUGUAAUGGAUUUGAGGAAGUGUUGAGUCGCUACAGGGAAAUUGUCCCACAUUUACGACUUGCAGGACCAACUUCAUUUGCGCCUAUAAUUGAGAUGGCCAUUACCAUUGUGGAGCAGAGUGCUGGGCAGUACCAUGUUUUAGUAAUAAUUGCUGAUGGACAGGUAACUAGGAGUGUAGAUACUGAAGGUGGCAAGCUUAGUCCGCAGGAGCAGAAAACUGUUGAUGCCAUUGUUGAAGCAAGCAAGUUCCCUCUGUCAAUUAUAUUAGUUGGUGUCGGAGAUGGACCUUGGGACAUGAUGAAGGAAUUUGAUGACAAUAUCCCUCAUAGGGACUUUGACAAUUUUCAAUUCGUGAAUUUUACAGAACUUAUGUCAAAGAGUGUGCCUCCAUCCCGAAAGGAGGCAGAAUUUGCUCUUGCAGCCUUGAUGGAAAUUCCUUCUCAGUACAAGGCAACUAUAGAGCUUAAUUUGCUGGGUAGUGGUCGGAAAGGCAAUUCUCCCCAAAGGGUUCCCCUCCCCCCGCCUAUCUUUGUUGCAGCAUCUACCAGCAGCUUGAAACCUUCUCGUCCUUCCAGUUUUGAACCAAGUGUUCCUCCUUAUUAUGGAGACAGCAUGCCUGUCAGCACUGAACCAAGUGUUCCUCCUUACAGCAGGCCUGUCAGCACGGCUCCACCUGCUACUAGUUCCACUUAUGAUAACCAGCUUUGCGCCAUUUGCUUCAGUAACCCCAAGGACAUGGCCUUUGGUUGUGGGCAUCAGACGUGUUGUGCCUGUGGAGAAGACCUUGAGUUAUGCCCAAUAUGUCGAAGAGCAAUCCUGACCAGAAUAAGACUCUACUAGCUCAUUCUAUCUCGUCUAAAAUUUUCCGUUCUUUUCACCAAAAUUCUUUGUUCUUUUCACCAAAAUUCUUUGUAGUUCUACAUGGAAGGUUAUCCUCUGUAAUUAUUUUAAUUGGAUUUUACCAUUUUUAAUUUUUUAAGGAUGCCUGUAAAAAAUGUUUUGCGUAUGCCAAAAACUAUAUUCUUCCUAUGAUCAUGUGAAACGGAGAGUUAGUAUAUGAGGUUUUGGUGGUGAGACC